UAGUUUUCCCCCAGCUCAGUCAGUCAGAGCAGGCGGACCGCACCGUGCGCCCACGACUCCGGAAUUCUUCACCCUCCUUCUAACACCGCUCCUCGCCCCAAAAGUCAAGCCACCUAUCAUGGACAACAUCUACGACACCGUCGUUGAGGGAAACGCUGUAACCGAGCACCGGGAUGGAGCGGACAGCCCCGUCCCAGAGCGCGCGUAUGAGCGCGCAGGUGCGGCCGAGGAGCGGCUGUACAGCCAGGUGGAGGUGCACGCCUCGGCGGAGGACGGGGACCGCGACUCCCCGGUCUACAUGGAGGUGAAGGACGCGAGCAAACGCCGCUCCCCGCCGUCCAGCGACGACGAGGGUCCCAAAGGUGAGCCGGAGGCCGAGGCGGAAGAGCUGGACGGCGAUGCGCACGACCGGUCCAGGCGCGCGUCAGCCUCUUCCAGCCACUGCUCCAGCCACGGAGACCCCUGCGACGACCCGCCUGUCCAGGAUGAAGCCGGGGUCCUGGAGAGGAUGCUGAUGGCGUACAGCCAGGCAGACAGACCGGAGGACACCUCGGACUACAGCCCCACCACUCUGGAGAGCGAAGACGCGGAAGAAGAGAGCGGCCCGGCGGCGGAUCCCAGCCAGCCCGACGUCUCCUUGUUCGUCAAGGCAGGCAAUGACGGAGAAAGCAUCGGAAACUGUCCCUUCUCCCAGCGUCUCUUCAUGAUCCUCUGGCUCAAAGGCGUCGUCUUCAAUGUCACGACUGUCGACCUCAAGAGAAAGCCGGCAGAUCUGCACAACCUGGCCCCGGGGACGCACCCUCCUUUCCUCACCUUCAACGGAGAGGUCAAGACAGAUAUCAACAAGAUUGAGGAGUUCCUCGAGGAAGUGCUCUGUCCUCCAAAGUAUCCCAAACUGGCUGCCAGGCACAGAGAGUCCAAUACAGCUGGAAAUGAUAUCUUCGCCAAGUUCUCAGCCUACAUCAAGAACACCAGACCCGAGGCCAAUGAUGCUCUAGAGAACGGCUUAACCAAGGCUCUGAGGAAGCUCGACGACUACCUGAACAGCUCCUUGCCAGAUGAGAUCGAUGCAGACAGCAUGGAGGACGAGAAGGGCUCCAGCAGAUCCUUCCUGGAUGGGACAGAGCUCACUCUUGCAGACUGCAACCUCCUGCCCAAACUGCACAUAGUCAAGGUCGUGGCUAAGACGUACCGCGACUACGACAUCCCGUCAGACAUGGCCGGGGUGUGGCGGUAUCUGAAGAGCGCCUACAUGCGCGACGAGUUCACCAGCACCUGCGCCGCCGACUCUGAGAUCGAGACUGCCUAUAAAGACGUGGCGAGGAGACUGGCCAAAUAAAAACGCCACCAAAGACCUGAGCUCCAACAAGAUCAACAUUUCACUACGAGAAAAUAUCACUGAUGAACACACGGUACCUGCGACUAUCCUCCCGAGUCUUCUCCAGUGACUUUUCCAAAAACCCGAGGGUUUGCGUUUGUCAUAGCAAACAGGUCAGAUGUCUCUUUGCAGCGCCAGAUGUGAUGGAUUCCAGUAAUUCAGCGCUCAGCCUAUAUGGUGUUUCAAUCAAGCAGACAUGGCAAAACAGAAGUGGAGCAGAAGAUAAAUCAAACCAGUUUAAGUUGAUUCAAAACCAGCUUCGAAACUUUGCUGCCGUGAAACUUCUGACAUAACUCUUUUCACUCAAACAUGAUUGUGUCUGUCUGUAUUUAUUUCUCAUAACACAAAGGUCUCUUUCAUUCAUACUCCACCACACGGCCAAACAUUUUACAAGCUGCUGAUGUCAAGGUCGUUCACUUUAUUUAUUCCCAAGCCCACAGAAGUCUAGUCUGACUCCAGUGUUUAUUAUCAAGCUUCGGCUCCUGCGGAGACACCUUGUUUCAUCUGUGAUUGAUGAUUAAUGCUAAAUGUUUGCUGAAUAUGACCGUUCUCAACCUGCAGUUUCAUUUCUCUCAUCAAUCACCACACGGAGUGUUGCUGUAGUUUUUUUUUUUUUUUUUUUUCCUUUUGUUUCUUUGAGAUUCACUCCUGCUUCUGAAAGUUUGAAUAAAACUUUUUUUUUUAUUUUUUAUUUUUAAUGCUUCUCAAAUGCUUGCACAGUUUGGGAAAAAACUCUGGCCAGUGAAAGAGAACAAAGUUUAUGUUAGAAUUGCCUGAAUGCGUGAAUCUGUUCAAGUCAUACCCGAAAAAAAAAAAAAAACUUUGCAAAGUAUAAAAAAAAAAAAAAAAAAAAAAAAAAAAAAAAAACUUCUCAACUAUGUGCCUUUUUUGGGAGAUUCAGAAAUUGAUGCCUAUGUCACUUAUGGACUCAUUCUGACAAAUGUAUUUCAGCCAGAGCUAAGACAUUUGUUUUUUUGCCUCGAGCUAUGUUCAGUCUGGGUAUUGAUUUUGUCUUAAGUUACCACAUAAUAUUAUAAAUGGAGAGACUAUUUAUUUAGCAGCACCCAAUCAGGCCUGAUUAGGUAGAGCCAUUAGUGCUGCGAUGAAAAGCGUCUUCCAGGCCAGGUCUACGAUGGUCAGGAGGCCAGCCCUCCGCUUCUUUUCUUCCGCUCCGAUGAGUCCAUCAACAUCCGCAGCCUAAAAGUUACAGUUCAAAAGUAUCAUUGUCCACACGGAGGAGAAUGGAAACUAAGCUGGAGCUUAUCGUCUUUGGCGUAACGUCAGGCUGCCACCAUAGCAAGACUUCCUCUAAGAGCCAUACGGCUCUUGUGUGGUUUGGACAAACAUGUGAUAUGAAAUUGGAGCAUGAUGACUGAGAGAGUUUCUCAUUGCAAGGCUCUGCAAAUAAAAUAAUAUUUUCACA